UGUGAGGUUGGCUGGUAACCGGCAGGUCGAGGCCCUGUCUUUUUGUUGAGCAACUCCUGGGCCGCCAAUUGUCGGCUGACUUUGUCCGAGCGCUGGAGUUUGACGGGGGGCGGGUGGCUGUGUUCCCCCGAGUGUUUUCUAACGUCGGGGGCUGGAAAGCGUGGCCGUUGCCUGAGCGACAUGAUGCUGAACAUGUGGAAGAUGCGAGAGCUGGUGGACAAGGCCACAAAUGUGGUUAUGAAUUAUUCAGAGAUUGAGUCUAAGGUUCGAGAAGCAACCAAUGAUGAUCCGUGGGGACCUUCAGGGCAGCUAAUGGCAGAGAUCGCCAAGUCUACAUUUAUGUAUGAACAGUUUCCUGAAGUUAUGAAUAUGCUUUGGAAUCGUAUGCUAAAAGACAAUAAAAAGAACUGGAGGCGGGUGUAUAAGUCCUUGCUUCUUUUGGCUUAUCUCAUAAGGAAUGGGUCAGAGCGAGUAGUUACCAGCGCCCGAGAACACAUUUACGAUUUGCGUUCGAUGGAAAACUAUCACUUCGUAGAUGAAAAUGGCAAGGACCAAGGAGUAAAUGUGCGACAGAAAGUGAAAGAAAUGGUCGAAUUUAUACAGGAUGAUGACCGUUUGCGAGAAGAACGGAAAAAAGCCAAGCGGAACAAAGACAAAUAUAUUGGUGUUUCUUCAGACAGUUUGGGAGGCUUUAGAUACAGUGACAGGUACGAUUCAGAGCCAAAGUCCAAGUGGGAUGAUGACUGGGACAAAGGCAACAAAGGUGUUUUUCCAUUCAGUGAAAAGUUAGGCGAAAUAAGCGAUAAAAUUGGGACCACAAUUGACGAUACGAUCAACAAAUUCAGAAAAAAAGACAAAGAUGACUCACCAGAAAGUGAUAGUGAGGAAGAAAGAAAAUCCAGGAACAAUGGCAAAAUUGGGAAAUCUGAAUACAAGGAUAACGAAGAGACAGUGACGACCAAAUCAGUCCAUAUCACCCAAGCAACAGAAACCAUAACCACUCGGCAUAAACGUUCAGGGGUGCCUUCCAAAACUGUUGACCUUGGUGCGGCGGCCCAUUACACAGGAGACAGUCCCAGUUCAGCAGUAAAUUCUGCUGCAAAGGUCUCAGCACCAAGCACAGUUAACAGCAAGUCAUCAAAUAACCUAGUGGACCUACUAUUCGACACAGGAUUUGAAUCUAAUCAGAUUACCUCCACAGGUGGGAAAGGUGAACAAUUUGGAGGAUUUGCAGACUUCUCCUCAGCAAAUACCACACCAAGUAACUUCCCUUUGACACCAGGCACAUCAGCUAGUAGCAGUGCUGAUUUUGGUGAAUGGAGUGCCUUCAACCAAGCCCAGUCCGGUCAGGCCAAUAAGUCAAGUGGGGACCUUUACAAUAACAUGCAGCAUGCUGUUGCCCAACCUCCUGCAGCUACCAUGGAGCUGUUUGAUCUGAAUAUUGGUAUGCAGUCAACCAUGACCUCAUCCCAGAGCAUGAACUUUGCAAUGUCAGCUAACAACACCUUACCUAUCACUGGCAUGCCCAUGUCCAGAUCCCAGCCUUUGCAGAUGUUACCCACACCUUUGACAAGGCCUAAUGCAAUCCCCACACAAAAUAUGCAGGAGAACCAGAAAGUAGUCAAGCCAUCUUUGCCUUCCACCUGGUCAGAUCCAAGUGUUAAUAUCAGUCUGGACUUUCUCACACCUGGCAUGCAACCUCCCAAACCCCAGCAACCAUCACUAAACACCAUGAUGCAGCAGCAAGGCGCACAGCAACCUGUGAACCUUAUGACCCAGAGCUUUUCCUCCAUAUCCAUUAACUCACCAACCAGUGUGAUGCCUCCACGACCUCCAGGAACAUCAUCUUUGAUGGCUAACAAUGUGCCUGUGGGCAUGGGGAUGCAAAAUAUGAUGGGGACUGGUACUGUAGGGAUGAAUCCAAUGGGUGUUCCUCAGAGCAGUAUGAUGAACCAAGGAAUGAUGGGAAUGAACAUGGGAAUGGCUCCAGUUGGCAUGACCAUGACGGGUUCCAUGGGCAUGGGUGUUCCUGCCAUGGGUCUCAGUGCCAGUAUGACGCCUGCAGUGGUGCAAUCCAAGCAAGAUGCCUUUGCCAAUUUUGCCAACUUUAGCAAAUGAAAAGGCUGGAAAGACUCCAAUAUCUAGAUAAAGGUGUGAAGGCUGCACAAAAUAGUACUUGAAACACAUGAAGAUAGGCUGUCUUAAAUUUUUAUAGCUAUAAAGAACAAGUUUUGUGAAGAAAAUGGCAUAUUUUGUAUGGGGAGGAAUCUAGUAGUUGGCAAGAUCUGUGCUAUGAAAUGUGUAUGUCUGUUCCUAUCAGCGGUUAUUGAAGUAAAAUCCCUUUCAUUGGCAUCUUGUUUGUGAGAUACACCUUGAAAGCCUUUUUAAAUCUUAUUGAAUUUUAUCUUUAUUGAAAUCAAAGGCCAGGCAGGAUUACAUGGAUUAGGAAAAGCAGUUCAUAUCAAAAAAAAUUGUACCUAUCUAAAUGGCCUUUGAUUCAGGUUCCCAACAAAACCAUUAAAUACCAGACUAGAAUCAUUAAGUUUUGUUGUUCUUUACCUCUUUACCUGAACACAAUCAAACUUCAGCAACUCGAUAAUCAAUUUGUGUAUAUAUCCUUUACUUUACAAAUGAAUGCAAACCUAUUAAAAAGGUCUACCUAAGGUACCAAAAAUAAUAAACCUGAUUACUGGAAUGUAAAUAGUUUGGAGGUAUGUUCCAGUCUUAAUAGAUGAAAUCAAAUCCUUUAUCAUACAAAUGUCUUUAUUAAUAAUUAAUAAAUGGUGGUAGUUGCAGCUUUUAAUCUAGUUUGUUUUUCCCCUUUCUUUAAUGGUGAUGUUAACAGUUUCAUAACAUAGGAUAGAGGAAGGGGAAGAACAACUCAAGCAGUGGUUAUAUGCACAGAUCGUGGUCAAAUUAAUGUUCCCAUUUUCCACAAGAGCACCCUACACCCAGAAAUCUUUCCAUCCCCUUAGCUACAUAAGCAAGCUGUGUACCCAAGACAUUCCUCUCUGCUAAACUCACGCUUGUUUCCACAAUGACACAAAAGAGAAAUGUGGACACUAUAAUUUUCCUUUUUCUUUCUCUGGUUUGCAAAUAUUUUUUGGCCUUGAUCACUGCUGAAUUAUGACGUGGUAGUCUACAAUGCAAAGCUAUGUUUUCUGUUAGUUGAAUGGGAAUCACUAAUCACCAGUGAUGUUAAAUUUCAGGCUUCCCAACCUACAGAGGAGUAAAAGAAAUGUUUCAAUUGUAUUAUGACAACGAUUCAUUAAAACCUUCUACUUAAAAUCUUUUAUGCCCUUUUAUGACUUUGUAUUGAGAUAUUGAUGGAAAAAUCAUAUGGAAGUAAUUUUAAUGAAUAAUUCAUAUUGCCUUAAUGAUAUUUUGCUUUUGUCCCUUUUUCAAUGAAAGAGAUUCAGCAUUCAAAAUUUAAAGAGGAGAGAUGCUUUGACCUAGUCCAAACCUAAUUCUCCCAUCUGCAACAUUUACAUUUAGACAUAAAUUAAUGCUCAUCAAAUUUACUAUAAUGAAAAGUUAUUUGUUUCCUAACUAAGCAAUGAAGGGUGUAAUUAACAGACUCCACUUUUUAAACAUUCAGCAAUUCAAUGGGAUCAGAGAAUAAAAGCGUUCAUGUACAGUUACAUCAAAAUAAACAGUGCAUGUUUCAGCAGCUUUAAGGCUGUCAGUAGUUUCUUUAUUCUUUAGUUGCUAAAUAAUUUCCAUGAAACUAUUCCAGAGAAGAGGCCACCUUUCAUGUUGAUUGAGGUACAAGUCAUUUUCAAUAUUGUUACUUUUAAUACUAAUUCAAGCUUGUGUUUGUCAGGAGCAGAAUUCUAGAAUAGUGUGAGAUUUUUGCUAGUGUUCGAUUUAUCUUCUGGUCUGGCAACAGAUGUUUCUGCAGUAACAAUAUUUUACCCUGAGAAUUUCAAAGUUCAAAGAAUAUUUUAUUAUCAAAGUACAUAUAUGUCACCAUAUACAACCCUGAGAUUCAUUUUCUUGUGGGCCUACUUGGCAAAUCUAUAGAAUAGUAACUGUAGCAGGAUCGAUGAAAGACCAACCCGAGUGUGGAAGACACUAAUCUGCAAAAAUGUAAAUAUAAAUAAAUAGCAAUAAUGAGAUAGAGUCUUUGAAGUGAGAUCAUUGGUUGUAGCAACACAGACAAGAUACUGGAGGAACUCAGCAGGCCAGGCAGCAUUUAUGGAAAAAAAUACAGGCGACGUUUUGGGCCAAAACCAUUCAGCAGUACUCAUUGGUUGUAGGAACAUCUCAAUGAUGGAGCAAAAGAAGCUGAAUGUAGUUAUCCCCUUUUAUUCAAGAGGCUGAUGGUUGAGGGGAAGUAACUGUCCUUGAAUCUGGUGGUGUGAGUCCUGAGGCUCUUGUACCUGAUGGCAACAACAUGACUUGGCUGGUAGUGAUCUCUGAAGAUUGAUGCUGCCAUCCCACGACAGUGAAUUUGAAUAUGGCAUUGAAGCUAUGCUUAGCCACACAGUCAUAGGGGUAAAGCAAGUAGAGCAAAGGUCUUUGAGCUUAUUGAUUAGUUUUGAGGGUAUGAUGGUAUUGAAUGCUGUGUUGUCAAUAAAGAGCAUUCUGAUGUAUGCAUCUCUGCUGUUCAGAUGUUCCGGGGUUGAGUGAAGAGCCAAUUAAACAUACUGCAUGGAAGAAAUCAGUAACACAUAGUUCUGUGUUUUCUGCUCACUAAAAUUGAGGAAAGUGAAAUCAUCACAGUGUCCAUAUAUUGGUGGGGAAGGAAAGCAAAGGCGCAGAGAAAAGCAGCAAAUAAUGCGACUAGGUUUUAUCUCUUAAAAUUGGGCUGGGUUUGGAGAUGAUUUUAUUUUAUUUCUGUCUGCUACAGGUUAGAGGUUGUUUGGGAGUAGGUCACAGUUGUUCAAUUUGCACAAGUUACAGAAACAGUACAUGAAUGAAUCAAAUAUUUCAAGGGCUCUUCUACAAACCAGUGCACUGUUUCCUGCAGUGCCACAGCAAGGAGUCAUAGAAAGAACUUGAUCAGUAUUGUAGUUUAUUUCUGAUGUUACCACUUUCCUCCAUUACAUACAGGUAGUCACCCAUGUUUGUUUUUGCUGCAUUUCUCCCUUCCUUUAAAUUUUGAUACUCAAAAUAAAUGGCAUAACUGAUUUUAAACUUAAGAUGUUUUAAUGGUUUAGUAGUUUAUCAUGGCUUUUAAAAUGCAAUGAUAUUUUUCCAUCAGUGGUUUUUAUUUAACAAAACAUUUGUGCCUAAUCCCAUGAGUAAGGCUUGUGUGAGUUUGAUUAUACAAAACACAUUCUCUCUUUAAUGUAAUGUCAUUAACCAUGAAGAAUUCUCUGUAUCUCUAAUAGAAUCCAGAUGUCAACUUUACAAGCAAAGUGAUAGAAAACCAAAAGUACUGAAAAGAAUUAUUUAAAAUAAGUAUUCGCCAGCAUCUGCUACUCCUGGUUCUCAAGUUGUAUUUGAGUCUGGAAAUAAUACUGGGUAAAACCACGAAUGUUCUAUAGAAAGAGAAUUUUGAUGGAGUGUCUAUACCUCUUGCUGUCUGCUGGAAGAAUGAUCUUUGUCAAUACCAUUCUUAUGCCAGUGCUCUGAAUUGUUUAUUUUGCACCAGAUGAACUGUGAUCUUUCACCUUGGUUGGGGUGGGGGUGGGGGGGAAGAGGAAUAAUAUGAAAUGCUGAUCUUUUAAUAAAUCCCAUCCUUGAAUCAGAAACAUGCUUUUGCAUAAACCAAUGUAACAUUUUGAAAUUAUACUUUGAGUCAAAAAUAAAACAAAUGAUACCUAAGACCCU